AUGAGUGAAAAAGAACUAACAAAAGAAAUAAAGUUUAGUGAUUAUGAUUAUAAACUAGAUUUAAAAUAUGAGAAAAUGAUAUUAGAGGAAUGUGAAAGAAUGCAUGAAGAUUUAGAAAAUAAAAGAGUUUAUAUACCAGAUUAUUCUAAAGAUGCAAUGAUUCUUUCAUAUAUAAAAGAAGAAAAAGUACCACUUAAAGAAUUUAUAGAGAAAAGGAAACACCAAAUUACAUGUAUUUACCUCAGAGAAAUAGUAAUAAAACUAUAUGAUAUGAUAAAAGAAGAGUAUAAAAACAUAUCAAAAUUAAUAGAAUUGUAUAAGAAAAUAAGAAGUGUGUCAAUUUUUAAUAAUCCACCACCAACAUCAGAUAUCAAUAAUAUAAGCUUAAAUGUCGGAAUAAACAUAGAAAUGAUUAAUAGAGUGAUAUUUCAAGAUAAAGAAAUAAUAAGCAAUUCAAAAGAAUUACAAAGUAUAUUAGCAAUAAUAAAAAGAAAGAACCUUGGAAUAAAUAAGAUAUUAGCAAUAAUAGAGAAUUUAAGUAAUGUAAUUUAUGAAGGACAGAAAUUAGCAGAUUUUAUAAAUCACUAUUCAAGUAUUUUAAAUCAAAAUAAAUAA